CAUGAGAGGUCUCUCAAACUACAGCAGCAGGACCUUCGACUUAGACUCUUAUAAUAAUACAACUACAAGUCGUCUCUCGCUAUAUUCAGCUAUUUCGCCCGUUUAUACUUGAAAUACAUUUUUUUAUUUUCUUUAUAUCCGCGCACAACACUGAGGCAGCACCGUCGAGGCGGUUGGCGAAGUAGGCAAAGAUGGAGCAGCAGAAUAACGAUAGCUUCCUUCUUAAACUACCAGUCGAACUGGUCAACGGAAUAUUGGAAUUAAUUCCACCGAUCGAUCGAGCUGUAGCUUCUUUGACAUGUCGCUCGCUGCGUUUAAUCUUGGGCAAAUCCGACGCACACAACCUUUCUACUGCGCAGUACCUCAGAUACCACGUAAGAGUCGCUCGCGAUCUUCCAGACCGGUGGGUGUGCGAAGCUUGCUUCAAGCUACACCCUGUCUCUCUAGGCGAUACACCUCUAACCCCGUGGAGAAUGACGUGUCCCUUGCGCUGGGAUCGGUGGUGCCAUGAGGUGUACGGCCAGCAAUCCCGGCUCGAUAACCGCUACCUCUCUGUCGACCAUCGUCACGUCCAGCUCGCGCUCAAGUAUACACGCCUGCAAGAUCAUUGGUCCCGACGUCACCUCCACACGUUGUUAGCGAAUCAUCGUGACGACGAAUUCCCUACCCACCCCUACCCGUACAAUCGGCAGAACGUACUCAAAGUUACAUACACCGUUACUCCUAGAGUCGUAAGGGACCAGCACGAAAAUCUCAGGUACAUGCUGCGGUCCGUUUGGCACUUCCGAAAAGAUUCCAUGGAGAUAUCGUUGGUAACGGUGGGAGACAUCAAGCUAUGCCCACACCUAGCGUUACUAGGCGAUAUGAGACGUAUGGAAGUUCACCAAUUAGACAUCUUGCAAGAGAUUAAGCGUGCUAUCUUACUCAACGGCAUAGAAACAUACAUAGCUGGCUGUAAUCUUUGCGCUACCGACUUCAAAAUUGCCGUGCACAAAGAUCACAUCACGGUACACACGUGGCAGGAUAUGGGGACUAAGGGUUCUCCGGGAGAUAAAGCUUGGAGGUUGCACGUCUCGGACUCUCGUUUUGGCAUGCCACCCCUCGGUGGCCGUUGGCCCAUGUUUGCAAACCCCGGAAGCGUUCGAGCACUAUACAACGGAGCUAAAAGGUCCCCAAAGCCCAAAGCAGCCCCGGGAGUCGACAACGACUUACGUCCGACUGGACGGUCGACAAACCCAUAGCGAUUUAUGCUCUUACAUUAUUUAGAGUAAGCGAGAGAAGUAGAUUUGUCUAACCUAAGUGGAUGAAGGUAUUCUCAUACUUUCAAAGCAUCGCGGAAUUAUUGGUCUUUGGUAGUUUAAGAUGAGUAGUCGGCAGUUCUUAGAUGGGUAUUGUUAUAAAAACAUAAACGCCCCUUUCUGCCUACUAUUCAGGGGAAAAUAUGUUAACCCAGCGUCCAGGGAGAAACCCUAGGCUUUCCCCAUGUUUUGAUAGGGUAGGCUAAAUGCAAGAUAGCAAAAUUAAAAUGAUUCGUUUAUAGAAAACGAAAAAAGGGAUGGAGGAAAGUAACCGAUAAUAUGA